CUAAUCUCUACCAAUGGCUGAGCAAGUCGAAGCUAACAGAGGUUCAAACCAGUCCAUUAAAGCAACAACCAAGGCCUACCGGAGUCGAAAACCCGAGGCACUUAAACUUGCCUUCACAAAAAAAAUAUUAUGUUUAGUCACACUCGCUUGGUUGAUUCAGGUUGUUGUUUGGACGGUUUAUAAGUGGGAUGAUGUUCGUGUCGGUGUUGGUUAUAAUUACGUCGAUGAGGUUAGAGCCGUUGCACGGGAAAUUGUCAGAGAAGAGAUUGAGAAACAUGCUGCGGAUGGGCUAGGGAGGGCGGACUAUGCAUUGGCUGCUGGUGGAGGGUAUGUCACGAGGCACUCGCAAGCUCAUGCUGUUGGUAUUGGGAGCGUUUGGUUCUCGAGGAUGGGGCGUAAUGGGGUUCAUGUUGAUUCGGUGAAGAUGUUGAGGCCUAGUUUUGGUGAGCCAGGGGAUUGUUUUGCUUUGAAUGGGAGCAGUGGCUUUGUUGAGAUCAAGCUCAGAAGCGCUAUCGUUCCUGAGGCUGUUACCUUGGAACAUGUCCCUAAGAGUGUUGCUUAUGACAACGAGAGGUCCAGCGCUCCCAAGGACUGCAGCGUGUCUGGUUGGUUCGGAGAGAAAGAGACCGAUUCAGUAGAAAACACUGACAAAACGAUUCCUCUGGGGGGAUUCACCUAUGACCUUGAGAAGAGCAAUGCUCAGACUUUUGAUGUAUCGCUCCCAGAAGACGGUGGCAUAGGCGUCGUGGACACCAUAAGGCUCGACUUCACAUCAAACCAUGGAAGCGCUUCUCACACCAGCAUAUAUCGUUUCAGGGUUCAUGGUCAUGAGCCUGAUUCUUUGGUCCCCUUGGCAUAUGCCAAUUAGAGCAAUCUUUGCUUAUUGCCCUCUAGGCAUUUGAUCGUUUCUUAGCUUUAGCUCUCGGAUUUUAUAGUAGUGUUUAGGUAAUUUCAAGAUAGGACCAUAUAUUGUUGCCAUGAAAUCUUUGACAUUUUUCUAAAAGGAUUGGGAAUUGUUUCUUGUUCA